GUCGCCAUGGACAACAGCUCCUCCUCGCCGCUGCACGUCGUGAUCUGCCCGUGGCUCGCCUUCGGCCACCUGCUGCCCUGCCUUGACCUCGCCGAGCGACUGGCGUCGCGGGGCCACCGCGUGUCCUUCGUAUCCACACCGCGAAACAUCGCGCGCCUCCCGCCGGUCCGGCAGGCCGUCGCACCGCUCAUCGACUUCGUGGCGCUGCCGCUCCCUCACGUCGAAGGGCUCCCUGAAGGCGCCGAGUCCACCAACGACGUCCCGUACGAGAAGUUCGAGCUCCACCGGAAGGCCUUCGACGGCCUCGCCGCCCCAUUCUCCGAGUUCCUGGGCGCCGCGUGCGCCGAGGGUACCAAGAAACCGGACUGGAUCAUCGUCGAUGUCUUUCACCACUGGGCUUCCGCCUCCGCCAUUGAGCACAAGGUUCCUUGCGCGAUGCUGGUCCUGGCCGCGGCAGGUAUCACCGCCACCUGGGCCGCCAACGUGGCCAAGCAAGCAGCGUCUUGGGGAGGAGAACCGGAAGCAGGGACGCCAAAGUUCGAGGUGGAGAGGAGAAAACUGGCGAGAACACUGCGCGAGUCAGGGAUGUCCAUCGCUGAGCGUGUCUCCUUGACACUCCAGAGGUGCAACCUCGUCGUCAUCCGGAGCUGCCUCGAGUGGGAGCCGGAGAGCUUCCCUCAACUGGCGACGCUCGGCGGUAAGCCGGUCGUGCCCCUCGGCCUC